GCCUUCCGGCGCGCCUCCCCGGCCUCCACCAGGUUCGGGACGCCAUGGCUGCGCCGCCGGCCUCCAUGAGCGCUACCCCUUCGCCCUUGCAAUCCACUGUGGCCCCAGACGUGCCUGGUCGCCCGGCCGAGCAGAGCGAAACAGCGUGCGAGGACCGUAGCAAUGCCGGGUCCUUGGACAGACUCCUCCCACCAGUGGGUACUGGGCGCUCACCCCGGAAGCGCACCACCAGCCAGUGCAAGUCAGAGCCACCCCUGCUUCGCACAAGCAAACGUACCAUCUACACAGCUGGGCGGCCACCAUGGUACAAUGAACAUGGUACACAGUCCAAGGAGGCCUUUGCCAUUGGCUUAGGAGGUGGCAGUGCAUCUGGGAAGACCACUGUGGCCAGGAUGAUCAUUGAGGCGCUAGAUGUGCCCUGGGUGGUCCUGCUGUCCAUGGACUCCUUCUAUAAGGUUCUGACACAGCAGCAGCAGGAACAGGCUGCCUGCAACAAUUUCAACUUUGACCACCCUGAUGCCUUCGACUUCGAUCUCAUCAUUUCUACCCUUAAGAAACUAAAGCAGGGCAGGAGUGUCCAAGUACCCAUCUAUGAUUUCACCACCCAUAGCCGGAAAAAGGACUGGAAAACACUGUAUGGUGCAAAUGUCAUCAUCUUUGAGGGUAUCAUGGCCUUUGCUGAUAAGACACUGUUGGAGCUCCUGGACAUGAAGAUCUUUGUGGACACAGACUCUGAUAUCCGACUGGUACGGCGGCUGCGCAGGGACAUCAGUGAGCGAGGCCGGGACAUUGAGGGUGUCAUUAAGCAGUACAACAAGUUUGUCAAACCUGCUUUUGAUCAGUAUAUCCAACCUACCAUGCGCCUGGCAGAUAUUGUGGUGCCCAGAGGGAGCGGGAACACAGUAGCCAUUGACCUGAUUGUGCAGCAUGUUCACAGCCAGCUGGAAGAGGGCCGCGUUGGCCUCUGCUCACCAGUGCCACCCCCUUCCCCAAACACUGAGUGUCCUCAAGAGUACACCACAGGUACGAGGCAUGCACACCAUCAUCAGCCUGCUUGUUCUACCACCAGGGACAAGGAGACUAGCCGGGAUGAAUUCAUUUUCUACUCCAAAAGACUGAUGCGGCUGCUUAUUGAACAUGCACUGUCCUUCUUACCCUUUCAGGACUGCACAGUACAGACUCCACAGGGGCAGGACUACGUGGGAAAGUGUUACGCUGGAAAGCAGAUCACCGGUGUGUCAAUUCUGCGUGCGGGAGAAACCAUGGAACCUGCACUGCGUGCCGUGUGCAAAGAUGUGCGCAUUGGCACUAUCCUCAUCCAGACCAACCAGCUCACCGGGGAGCCUGAGCUCCAUUACCUCAGACUUCCCAAGGAUAUUAGUGAUGACCAUGUGAUCCUGAUGGACUGCACAGUAUCCACAGGUGCUGCAGCCAUGAUGGCUGUACGUGUACUCCUGGACCAUGAUGUGCCUGAGGACAAGAUCUUUUUGCUAUCCCUGCUCAUGGCAGAGAUGGGUGUGCAUUCUGUGGCCUAUGCAUUCCCACGUGUGAGAAUCAUCACCACAGCUGUGGACAAGCGUGUCAAUGACCUUUUCCGUAUCAUCCCAGGCAUUGGGAACUUUGGUGAUCGCUACUUUGGGACAGAUGCAGUCCCUGAUGGCAGUGAUGAGGAGGAGGCAGCCUCUAUGGGUUAGUUCCCUCUCCGAGCUACUCUUAUUUCUACCCAGCCUUCUGUCUCCUGGUCUGGAAUUGCAGAGACAACACAUUAACUUAUUAUGGUUAAAAAUGUUACCAAUAAUAAUAAUCAGCUUACACAUUUUAUAAAAUAAAAUAAAGCUUUAGAAAAUGAUGAUAUGCUGGGCAGUGGUGGCACAUGCCUUUAAUCCCAGCACUUGGGAGGCAGAGGUAGGAGGAUUUCUGAGUUCAAGGCCAGCCUGGCCUACAGAGUGAGUUCCAGGACAGCCAGGGCUACACAGAGAAACCCUGUCUCGAAAAACAAAAACAAAAACAAAAAAAUAAAAAGGAUGUGGCAGAAUGUA